UAGUCUCAGAGAAAGAAGGGACCGAGACAAGAGAGUGAGGGAAAUAUUGUGCUCUGGUUUUGCCGAUAAUGGAGCAGAAGAAGUAUGUUGUUGAGGUUGAGAAGGCAAAGGAAUCAAAGGAUGGAAGGCCUUCGGUUGGUCCUGUUUAUCGGAGUGUGUUCGCUAAGGAUGGAUUUCCACCUCUACCUGAAGGAUUGGAAAGCUGCUGGGAUAUUUUUCGGUUAUCCGUUGAAAAAUAUCCAGGAAAUCGAAUGCUUGGUCGUCGAAAGAUAGUGGAUGGGAAGGCAGGUCAAUAUGUGUGGCUAACUUACAAGGAAGUAUAUGAUAUUGUAAUGAAAGUGGGGCGUUCCAUUCGCAGCUGUGGUGUUGAGCCAGGAGGUAGAUGCGGUAUAUAUGGUGUCAAUUGUCCAGAGUGGAUGAUCAGUAUGCAGGCUUGCAAUGCUCAUGGGCUUUAUUGCGUUCCUUUAUAUGAUACCCUCGGUGCUGGUGCUGUGGAAUAUAUUAUAUGCCAUGCCGAGGUUUCAAUUGUGUUCGCAGAAGAAAAGAAAAUCCCAGAGGUAUUGAAAACAUUUCCGAUGACAACAGAAAAUUUGAAGACAAUUGUGAGUUUUGGCAAGGUUACACCUGAACAAAGAGAAGAGGUUGAGAAGUUUGGUUUAGCAAUAUAUUCUUGGGACGAAUUUUUGCAACUGGGAGAUGGUAAGGAAUUUGAUCUUCCAAUGAAAAAGCUGUCUGACAUUUGUACAAUUAUGUAUACGAGUGGAACAACUGGUGACCCCAAGGGAGUACUGAUCUCCAACAAUGCAAUUGCUACUCUUUUAGCGGGUAUAGGACAAAUGUUAGAGAGUGUGAAUGAAAAGUUGACUCCAGAUGAUGUUUUUAUGUCUUACCUUCCUCUGGCUCAUAUCUUUGAUCGGGUUGUUGAGGAGCUGUUUAUUCAUAAGGGUGGUUCAAUAGGAUUUUGGCGUGGGGAUGUCAAAUUAAUGAUUGAAGACCUUGGGGAGCUAAAACCAACUCUGUUCUGCGCUGUUCCACGUGUGCUGGAUAGGAUCUAUUCAGGUCUGACAGAGAAGGUAUCUUCUGGGGGUUUCUUAAAGGGCAAAUUGUUUAACUUUGCGUACUCAUUCAAACUAAAUAACAUGAAGAAGGGGCUUGCACAUGAAGAGGCCUCCCCACUUAGUGACAAAAUUGUUUUUAGCAAGGUAAAGCAAGGUUUAGGAGGGAAUGUUCGUCUCAUUUUAUCUGGAGCUGCUCCUCUUGCAAAUCAUGUUGAAGCUUAUCUACGUGUGGUGACAUGUGCCCAUGUCUUGCAAGGAUAUGGCCUGACGGAAACAUGUGCGGGGACGUUUGCUUCCCUACCAAAUGAACUAUCAAUGGUUGGCACAGUAGGACCUCCUGUUCCAAAUGUAGAUGUAUGCUUGGAAUCUGUUCCGGAAAUGGGAUAUGAUGCCCUUUCAAGUACUCCACGAGGAGAAAUUUGUAUACGGGGAGGAACCCUAUUUUCAGGAUACUACAAACGUGAAGACCUCACCAAAGAGGUAUUGGUUGACGGAUGGUUCCACACAGGGGACGUUGGUGAGUGGCAACCAGAUGGAACCAUGAAGAUUAUUGACCGCAAGAAAAACAUUUUCAAACUUUCCCAAGGAGAAUAUGUUGCUGUUGAGAACCUUGAAAACAUUUAUGGUCUUACUUCUGCUAUUGACACUAUAUGGGUUUAUGGGAACAGUUUUGAGUCCUUCCUGGUUGCUGUUGUCAACCCCAAUCAGCAAGCCCUAGAGCGUUGGGCUGAAGAAAAUGGAAUAACUGGGGAUUUUAAUUCACUCUGUGAGAAUCCCAAGGCUAAAGAAUUCAUCCUCGGAGAACUCACCAAGAUUGGAAAAGAGAAGAAGUUAAAAGGUUUUGAGUUUGUCAAAGCUGUCCAUCUUGACCCAGUGCUAUUUGACAUGGACCGUGAUCUCAUCACCCCAACCUACAAGAAGAAAAGGCCUCAGUUGCUGAAAUACUAUCAGAGUGUCAUUGAUAACAUGUACAAACCUACUAAGUGAACAUUUGACCCUGCACUGGCGGCCGAAGCCUGAUCAACUAUUUGUUAUUGACCUUCAGAGGCUUCCUCACAUAACAUAUUUGGUUAGAGUUGCAAAUUUCCCAAUCAUCAGACUGUAUAUAUGUUCAUUAUUCUGAUCAGAUGCUACAAUUUAAGUCCUCUUUUUCAUGUGAUAAUUUAAGUCUAUAUGUGGACAAAUGUGUCCUUGUCCAACUACAUUUGCCUUAUCGUCCAUUAAUAAUGAUUUUUCAGCUCUUGGAUCAACAUUUAUCGGCAA